CGGAGGUGGGGGUUGGGGGAGUUGGGAAACAAAGUUGUUACCCAGGCAACAGAGCGACGCAGAGCUCGCCGCAGUUUAUUUUCGAAGCCAAGAGAGUCACCCCAAAAGUGACACAGAAUAUGGAAUCUGAAAAUGCAGAAAAUGAAAAUAUGGAAACAGAAAAUAUGGACUUUGAAACAAUUUCUUCCGUUUCAGCAUUACAGGCUCUCUCUAAGAUACUCUAUCCUGAAGAGGAUGACUUUGAGUCCGGACAGGUGUCAUCAGCAAUGGGAGCCAUGGGACCUGGAAAUAUUGGACCACCAAAAAUAGAAGAGAAUACAGUCAUUCCUCAAACUAGUAGUGAAAAUUGUGAAGAAAUCUGGAAUCCAGAGGAACUUUCAGAAGGAGCAGAGCAUCAUGAUGUGUGGGAUGUUAGAGACGCACCAGAAUAUGAGAUUGUGUUCAAACAGCAGGUGGGGACAGAAGAUAUGUUCCUAGGAUUGACCAGAAAGGAUGCGUCAACUGCAUGUUGCAAAGAUUUAGUGGUGAAAAUUAAACUACCAAACACCAACCCUUCUGAUAUUAAAGUUGACAUUCAGGAGAUGAUCCUAGACCUCCGUACUCCUAAUAAGAAGCUGCUGCUAACCCUUCCCCAUCCUGUGGACUGCAGCAGUGCCACCGCCUUCUAUAUACUUGAUGUUGAGACUCUCGAAGUCACCAUGACUAUGAAACGAGAGUUGGAUUUCAUUAAUUUUUUAUGAAACAGUGUGGACAAGGAUGAAAAGUGGCAAAUAACACUGAUUAAAAAAUAAAAAAACUUUGAAAAACUUAGUUAAUGUUUUCUGUCUUCUCUAUUAUUCUGACAUAUUGAAAAAAGGGCUUAUGUUCAAUUCUAGUGCUAUUCUGAUCAUUUACAGUCAUUUAUAUUAAUCUAGUAGGAAAUAGUGUUUUCUCAUACUAAUAAGCUAUCCCAUUUUUAUAGUGAUAGCUGGAUGGAAUUUACAGGUUAACCAGUUAGAUUGCUACAUGCCCAUUAAAUAACUGAAAUAUGACCAUGAAAUGGUUGGUUCACUUACUUCAAUAGUCUAAAGGCCUUAAGCCAUUUGAUUAUACCAUGAUACAAUCAGUAACAUAGGAAUUGGUCAUUAUGAUCGCCAGAAAAGUUUAAUUGAUUUCCUUUUUUAUUUAAUCAAAGGAUUUCUAGUGUUCUCUGUUUAGGCUCUCACUAUUGUUCAGGAACAUACAAAUAACAGAAGAUUAUAAAUAUACAAGGCUUCCCUUGUAGCUCAGUCAGUAAAGAAUCUGCCUGCAGUGCAGGAGACCAGGGUUGGAUCACUGGGUUGGAAGAUCCCCUGGAGGAGGAAAUGGCAACCCACUCCAAUAUCCUUGCCUGGAAAAUCUCAUGGACAGAGGAGCCUGGUGAGCUGCAGUCCAUGGGGUCACAAAGAGUCUAGCAUGACUGAGCAACUAACACACACAACUAACACAUAAAUAGUUUGAUGCACCAUACUAACAACCUGUUUUACCUGAAUAAGAAAUACUCUUGAACACACAGUGUUACUCGGCUUCCUCAGUCUUGCUCUCAGUGUUUGGAUCUAUUUAGGUUAAAAUCUUUUCCUUUUGUGCACUAAUAAUUAUUAACAAUGCCUCUUUGGGUACUGUGUUUAUAUUUAGUAGUUGAAUUCCUUGACACUUGAAUACAAAUAAAAAUGUGUGCAUUUACAAAUACUAUUCUCUCUCAUUUCCUAUAUUUAUUCAUAAUUGGACAUACUUAUUUUAUGAAUUAUGUCAAUGUGCCCUGCCUCUU